AACUCUUAACCUUGUUUGAUCUUCAAAUGUGAGCGCUAUACUCCCCAAAGCUUCUCCAUCGGCUGCCAGAUCUUGCUAACCUAUACUUUUAGCUUACUCCACCUCUCACACAUCCCCCCAUCAUCACAAUGUCUUUCCUCUUUGGCGGUGCCCCCAAGAUGUCCUCGGAGCAGAAGAUUGCUGCCGCUGAGACCGAGGUGGAGAUGAUCUCCGACAUGUUCAACCGCCUGACCGAGUCCUGCACCAAGAAGUGUAUCCCCAACGAUUACCGCGAAGGCGAUCUCAACAAGGGCGAGUCCGUCUGCCUCGACCGCUGCGUGUCCAAGUUCUUCGAGGUCAACAUCAAGGUCAGCGAGAAGAUGCAGGGUGAGGCCGCCAACCGACAGGGUGGCAUGGGCAUGGGCAUGGAAGCUGGUACCGUUUCCUACACCAUGCCACCGUCAUCUCCCACGCAGACCGGUGGGCCUGCCACGCCUGCUGCAGUAGCAGCACGAGAGCCGACCAAAAUAGUACCGAAAGAGAGUCCGCUCGUGCAAACGAACGGCCCCGACGGACAGUCGCCGCCUCCGCGGCCGGGCCACCAGAAACUCGUCUUCACCGAUCCGGUUGCCUUCCGCUACCUGGAGGAGGACCCGGCGACCAUUGUGCUACAUCGGCGAAUGACUCUGGAUGGGUACGAGGUCUACAUUGUUGAGCAAUGGGCGUGCACGCGGAUCCAUCCGACUUUCAUUAUUACGACCUACACCGGAGAUCCGUCGCACAAAGUCGCCGUCGGGGUGCUGAGCGUCCCGACGGAUGAGUCGACGUGGUCGCCCCGUCUGCGGUUGUACUUCAACGCUGUGGUGCAAUGCCAGGCACAGAAGCGAGACACUCCCCUGGGGACGCUGAUGGUCACCGAUCUCAGCAUCUUUCCGUGCGCCCUGGCACUCAUACCCGUCCCGGACGGCGAUGUCCUCAAGCACAAGGACGAUUUCAUCGUCAAUGAAAAUCUAAAGAGGUUAGGUUGCUCGGGCCGUGCUAGCUUGAAGCUACAGCCCCCGUCGCCUGCUACCGAAGCCAAAUUCCACCAACUCUACCGGACCAGCGAAAGAGUACCCCUCUAUAGUGCCGUGGUUGAACUGGUGAAACAGUGCCAGAUCGCCCUGAUGAUGUUCGGCAACCUGGCGCCGGAGUAUGUCGACGGCUUGCUCUGUGAUAUGACCGAGGCCGCUAUAGCCGAUUGGUGGACCGAGAUUGGGAUGGACUUGUACAACAUCGAACCUAGCGACAGUAUGCUGGGCCCCAUCUCGGUCUCGGCUCUUCUCGGAACUCUCAUCGGGGCCCGGAAUCGGCUGCAUGCGUUCGGUGCCCCCGUUGGCAAGGACGCGUUCGAUAUCCCGAACCUCAAACGGGGGAUCGGGGGCUUCCAGAAAUCACAGAAGAUGAAACGAACCAGACGGCUGGACCGCCAGACCCUGGACCGAUUACAUCGAGCCACUGCGAAAGCUGCGAAUGCCGAGGGCUGGACCGACGCGGUGAAGUCGACGGUGGCCGAGCUGAGCGGGCAUGGCGGUGAGAUGGUGAUGGGGAUGGUUCGGGGUCGCGAAAAGGGCGGGAUCGCCGACAUCGAGACUCUGGACAUUGACACCUUUGCGCGUCUGGUCAAAGGCGAGAGGGCAAAGUGGCUGUGGAGGGGCAAACCACGCAAGGGUGCCAUCGGCGAGUCGUUCGGUGGCGGCCCGGGCGCAGCGGACAUGCUUUUCACCAACGACGAGCAAGGCGGCUAUCUUUGGACGACGCGGAAGAGACAUUCUCAAGAGGACAUGACCUUGGAUCGGCAGCCAUCGGAGGCGGAUCGCCCACGGAAGCCUUCCGAAUCAGCCGCCACCUUCGACGAGAAGGAUCAGAACUUGAGUAGCAUCGUGCGGAGAGGCGUGAGUGGAAAGGUGUCAGACGCGCGAGCGGGAUUUGGCAGAUUCAAAGAUGCGGUGGGCCUACGAUCACAUCCGUCGAAGCAUUCGCGAGAGGGGCAGUAUGGUUAUGGCGAUUCGUCUCACCUGCCUCCGAUUGACAGUGACACCGAACCGAAUCUGCCGAAAAAGCCCGAUGGUGAUCCGAACACUGCAGAGCAAGGAAGCAUUUAUGAGUCCGAGAGCCGAGCUCUCAACGAGGAUGCCGCGGCUGCCGAGUCUGUACCAAGCAUGGUGCCCCCGCAAUCACCCGAAGCAAAGACACCUGCAAUCACGGUGGAGGCCGUUCCGGACACUGCCGACUCGGAGUCUGCCCGCAAGGUCCCAGUCUUCCAGCCACCGUCCGAGGAAGAAGUGCCCGACGAAGACUCCCGCCGGAGGACCCCUUCGACCGACGUCUCCGCCGACCGGGAGCGGACGCCCGACAUUGGGAUCAUGUUGCUGCGCCGGCCACGGAGCUGCGCCCAGCUGCUGGGCCCGGAGACGAGGGCGAUUCCCGAGCGGACCGACGACUACUGGCCCCGGCAUCUGUCCUUCAGCACCGUGGAAGAGGUGGUGCUCGGCUGGGACGGGGUCGGCGGCGGCAGCAUCCAGGAGCGGCCCGACGCUCCCCUGGCGGAGGCGAUCCGCCACGAGGACGUCCUCGCCUCGGACGCCCGCCUCUUCAGCGCCCAGAUCCGCGAGCUGAGCGAGCAGACCGCCCCCUGGGUCGAGCAGCAGGUGACCUCGGUCGACGACCUCAACCGCUGCCUGCACGAGAGCUACGAGAAGAUCAACGCCGCCUACCUGGAGCGGCUCACCGUCUUCCAGCAGCUGCGCGGCAAAUCCUCCGACCUGCUGACCGAGGAGAACACCCACCUCACGGACUACAUGCGGCGCGUCGAACUCAUGGGCGCCAAGCUGGACUACGAGCUCCACGUCCUCGAGUCCAAGGUCGAGGAUGUCGAGGCCGGCCUUGGCGAGUUCGAACGCCACGUCGCCGACGUGGAAACGCGGGUCCGGUUGCUGGUGCGCGGGGAGAGGGAGAAGGAUAGGCAGAGCAGCAGCAGCAGCAGCAACGGUGGCUCCUGGCUAUCCUGGCUGGGCAAAUUGGCUGGUCUGUAGAGCUGACUUGCGUUGCGUAUGAGUCUGAGUCGCGUUCGGCGGUGGAGGAGAAUCGUGUCCGCUUCCGUGUGUAACAAGUAGGUAUCUUUGCUGUAUUUGUUCCAGCGCCUCGAGUUAUAUACCCCCUGUUUAUUAUAGAAGAGAGAAAGAAAAGGCAAUAAAAUGAAAAGCAG